GGCCUGGGUUCCUUCGAACCCACCCAGGCACUGGGUUCCUUGGGUUCGCCUGGGUUCGCAAGGAACCGAACCCAGCACGCUUGCCUGGGUUCGAUGGAACCCAGCACGCUUGGGUUCAGUUCCUUGCGAACCCAGCGCCUGGGUUCGCAACGAACCUAAGCAUGCUGGGUUCGCGUCUGGGUUCGCACCGAACUCAGCAUGCCUGGGUUUGGUGGAACCCAGCACGCUUGGGUUCCUUGUGAACCCAGGCGUUGGGUUCGCAAGGAACCUGAGCAUGCUGGGUUCGCAAGGAACCUGAGCAUGCUGGGUUCACAAGGAACCCGAGCAUGCCGGGUUCGCGUCUGGGUUCGCAAGGAACCCGAGCAUGCCGGGUUCGCGUCUGGGUUCGCGUCUGGGUUCGCAAGGAACCCGAGCAUGCCGGGUUCACGUCUGGGUUCGCACCGAACCCAGCAUGCCUGGGUUUGGUGGAACCCAGCACACUUGGGUUCCUUGCGAACCCAGGCGUCUGGGUUCACACCGAACCCAGCAUGCCUGGGUUUGGUGGAACCCAGCACGCUUGGGUUCGGUUCCUUGCGAACGCAAGGAACCCAAGCGUGCUGGGUUCGCGUCUGGGUUCCUACAAACCCAGCACUCUAAGAACCCAGGUGCAAAAAAUUUUAAAAAAAAAAUUUCUGUUUU